ACAUUUUGCUGAUGGUGUAAUUAAAGAGGAUGAACGUUGCGAUAACCCCGUGCAUGAGGGACAAGAGUCACGUGGUACGAAGGGUGUGAAGAUAUUAAUUGCAGUCAGCUGCCAGUUCCAUAAGCCGACCUCACUCUCAAGUUUAAAAGUGCGAGAGGGAAUCUCACUGAUGUCAAAUCAGACUGGCAGGACAGGGAAGGACAGACCUGGACUUCGCGAUUUGUUGAGGGAUUUGCAGGCGCUUAUACUAGGAUAGGCUCGUCAGUCGGUGGAGGAAUCUUCAAUCGGGUGUGGCUUGGUUUGACUUUUGUCAAAGUGAGGCCAUGAUGUGGACGACUCGAUACUGGUGCUUGCAACAGGUUUUGGUUGUCAUGGUAACCACCUCGCUUAUCUUGGGCAUGUGGGGAGUCGCCAUGGCGUUGCCUGAAGCAGUCGUGCAAAAGGACCAGAGACAAACUUCUAGGAUCCCAAUGAUGCGGGGCCCGUGGUACGACGUUGGCCACACCACCUACAUCUGGGGCUCUGACACGUGGACAUCACAGAAAUGGGACAUGCUUCAGGGACCAGACGGGACGGCUAUCAUUCUUUAUAGUGCCAAGUGUCCCUCGUGUUCCGUGUGUAUCAAAACUCACAUUUACUCACUGGAGCCUGCGGGAGAGGAAAGAGCUUUUCUGGUCUCAGGACAUGGAGAAACAAUGCUGUUUGAAAUGAAGCGAUUAGAUGGAUCAAGACUACUGUCAAUAAUCUGCUUCGACGGAGUUCUCUCCCACGAGGAAUGUCGUCGCAGAAACCGGUUUCAGGUAUCUGUGCUGUCACGUGACCGGACAAUGAGCUUGGACGACUGGAAACGUCUUGAGAAUUUGUUGCCAGUACCUCUGGCAGACUUCGAUACCGCAAUAGAGCUUGAAGAUCCUUGCCCACCAUUAUUCGUCGAAGAACACUUUGUGACGUCAAGGCUGGUGAGACCUAUAACAUCAGCCGUUUACAGUGUGGGGGCGCUAGUAGGUUCCUCUGUAAUGCUUGACUGCACGCUGCACGACGACGAUCCCCCCUGACGAGGUCGCUAAUGUGUAUUGGGUACAGGAAACAAUGCGAAGGCCGCUGACGAGCAGCUUGAAACGUCAGACUGACGACUUCCGGUUCACGGCGCUACAAACGCAACCCCGGCGCUGGAGCCUGCGCAUCAACCAAGUCACCAACAGGGACAAUGAUAUCUACGUUUGCUACACGGGUAAAAAAACCGUGGCAAAGUUCGCCAUUUUUGUCGCAGUUCCGCCAACGAUCACCAGGACCACUGAGAUUAUCUCUGCCGUGAAGGGUGAGGCGGUCUUCCUAGAAUGCCAGGUAAACGGCCACCCACAGCCUUCCGUAACCUGGAUGAAAAAAGUAGGGGAGGAGGAUCAAGAGAUCUGGGAAACAGUUGGGCAGGGGGAGCAACUGCGACUCCUGGAUGUGCAGCCCAGCGACAACGGCGUGUACAAGUGUCUGGUGAACAACGGCUUUGGACCGACUGUUCGUGCUUACGUCACUGUGAACGUGGCCUUUCCUCCAGAAGUAAGCAUCAGCGAGCAAGUUAUCUACAAACUAUAUGGGGAGACUGCGCAGAUAGUCUGCCAACUUCCCUCUAACCUGAAUGCUUAUACGACGUGGCUACGGGACGGCGACGUUCUGCGGGCGGACGAGAAUUACGUCAUGACGUCUUUGCCCAGCAACCAGCACGUUCUGACGGUGCGGACGUUGCGCAGGGAGGAUUUUGGCGAAUACGUGUGUCAGGCGACAAACCACUUGGGUAGAGCCAGCGCCAAGGCCUACAUCAAAGAGUCUUGGCCAAGUGGAGACCAGUGUAAAGUUAACAACAUCCCUGCCAUGACCAACUUCACCAUCGAAACGGUGCUUAGUCAAUGGGAGCGCUUGCAUGCAACGCCUUUUAUGUCGGGAGCGAAGUUGAUGAUGUCUAUGGUACAUGGUGAAUUUCUUGCUUACAGUGGUUCAAAACUGUUUUACUUCCGGCAAUACAGCGAUCUUACGGAACAGUGCCUAGAAACUACGGAGUACAUCAUGACAAGAUUAGAUACAGAAGGGGAUUAUUAUGCACGAUUUGCCCGGGUCAAAAAGUUGUACCAGGAUUACAAUUACUUGGUGACAUACCUGUGCGUAAAACCCCACGACGACGACAGGGAGUGCCCUCGCGACAAGGUGCACGUGUCCAUUUCGUCACGUUACCACGUCAUCCCUAAAGACGUUCUGUCGGUGCUGUACACCUACGUCUCCAAGGGCUGUGUUCCUGUUUCCAGUCUCGUCGACAUGGUUCCAGGUCUUUGUAAAGUUUCUUCAGUGUUCGCGACGGUACCCGGCUUCGCAGGACCUAUUGAAGAACCUUCUUGCACCGUGGAUAGUCUGAAAGUUCCGUCAAACUUUAACGUCAGUGAUGUGACUGGUACUUGGCAUCUGGUGGCAACAGCUAGACCCGACAACAACAGCGCCGCCUACAGGAGUUCAGUGCACAUUGUAGUGUCAGGUGACGACAUCAGGAUAUUCUAUCGAACUUACAACACGACCUCUGACCUGUGUGGUCCAGUGAACGUCGACGUGUUGCAUUCAUCGACGUCUGCAGGCAGAUACACAUACGGCUUUCGUGACGUCACAGCCUACUCCACUUUUCUCUUCGCCGACUCGGACUCACUGGUUCUGAUCACGUGUCUGGUCGUGCUGAGUGACGGCACGUGCAGACCUGACUCACAGCUCGUGGAAGUCUUCAGUCGUGGCGCCACGGUCUCAAAAAGACGUUUGGUGGUCCUCAAGCAGCCUGUGGCCAAUGCCUGUGUCGACAUUGCAAAGCUCCAGCGUACAGGGAGUGGUAACUGCAGCAUUCCGGAAACAGUAUCUGGUGUCAUUUUGGAGGACAUUAGACCAGACUCAGCACCCAUCGGCUGUAGACACGACCUGGUGGCUAUUGCUGCCGGUUUUAGCGAAGAGAAGUUCCUAGGUCGGUGGCAGACUAUCCACAAGACGACCUUUGACACUGGUGACGUCAGUGAGUCCAUCGUUGUUAGAACACCUGACGGGCGACUUCAGCUGCUUGUGCGACAACAGCACUGUCAGCCCACGAAAGUGCUGCAGCUGUUUCAGGAAAGUGCUCCUGGCGACUACACAUUUGUCGUACACUCCAACAAAGGGGUCUUCAAGGUCCUGUACAUGGACGAUGAGUUGGCGGUAGUCUACUGGUGCCACCAUUUCCUCCAGAACAACCAGUGCAACAAGAGCUCGCUGCUGGUCGAGAUCCUCGCACGAAAUGGGAAGAGUAGCAUCUCAGGUGACAAACUCCACCUGCUGCAGCAGCACAUCGUCAACGUGUGUGUGGACCUGCAGCACGUCAAACGCACAGCUGAAGACAUACUGUGUACGAUUCCAGCUAGAGUGCAAGAAGUAGUUGAAGAAGGGGAAGUAACGUCAGCUUAUGAUGUCCCUUCUUUUGACUGCAACGGUCUUCUCCUGAGAGGAAUCAGAGAUAUCGACCUUGAAGACAUAGCAAAUCUGACUGGAAAGUGGAAUGUCUUGUGGCGGACGUGGUCUGGAGAGCAGCCACCGGAAUCAAAGUACUUUUUACAUCAUUCGGAAGUUAACAGGACUGUUGACUUUGUGGCGAAGCUACGACAACAACUUGAACACGUGUAAGCCUACAGAGGCGGUAAUGCUGGAGUCGACCUCUGGCCUUGGGGACUACUACUCCAGUUUUGAUGAGUCGCCAGCAAAAGUGAUGAAGAUCCUGUACGCAGACGACGAACAUCUCAUGACCCUGUGGUGCUCUCUGAAUGAUGAUGCCGAUUGCGUCGACCCGUCAUUGGAACUCCUCUCCCGUCACACCCACGUAGAUGACGACACCAGG